AUGGCACAGGCGAUACGAAGGGACACAUAUGCUUCCCCAGGCGCUUUAGGCUUCAUAUAUCCCGCUCCUAGAACCUAUAAUGCGACCACAGCGGGCACCCGACCAUGUGGAGUUGCCUCUGUAAGUGCAACAAGGGAUUAUGUCCCGUUGAACGGAGGUAAUCUGUGGCUGCUGUCGCAAGCGAAGGUCGAAAAUAUCCAGCUGAAUUUCGCCAAUUCAGAAGACCCAACACAACAAACGGAUUUCAAUAACUUGGGCAUGGCGAUGACAGGUCUGACCACCGGCGAUACGUGUAUUCCCCUGCCGGAUUUCACGGACCUUGGUCUGAUGCUGGGCGACAAGAUCACUCUACAAGUGGCUUACGCCCUAGAGGCGAAUUCCGGGUCCAAAUUGUAUCAGUGCGCGGACAUAGAGCUGAUCUCAGCCCAUGAUUAUGAGGCACCACCGUACUCAUGCACAAAUACCAGUACAACUUGGAGCGACUCGGAGGCAUCCUCGACUGACGGCACAGCCGCUACUGUGACUGUCACUUCUUCUGCUUCCACUGGUGGGAAAGUCAGUCCACUUGCAGCGGGAUGGAUCGGAGCUGUCGUUACCCUGGCAGUCGUGGCAGCUGCCUUGGGAUUAGCUUAUUAUUGUGGCAUCCUCGUAUUUCGAAGUCAGAGAAGGGCUAAGUUGAGAUACAGCGGACCUAAUCCGAUUCAACUACAAUCGCAACCUAACCUAUCAGCUGACGAUAUCUCGCUGCAUCGACGCACAACUGUUGAUCAUAAAGGUCCUUUGUAG